AUGUUCGUAUUCUGUGGUUGUGUUCUAUGGUUUCUUGUUCCAUGGUCGUACGACCCGAAAGUAUCAGCAGUGAGUGCAGCAACGAUUACUGCAUCCAUUUCACAAGCCAUUGACACUGCUGUGCAAGAGGUAGUCUCUACCACUGAAUGGGCAAAUCAAUAUUCCAAAUAUGGACUAGUCUUUACCACUAUUCCCAUCUGUCCUCUCUCUAAAACAUUUUAUCCUUCUCAGAAUCCAUUUCCAUCUUUUAAGAGUACCUUCAACGUGUGUUAUGAAAAACCUCUUCAUCCUUGGAUUUACUUGUAUCAAACACUUGGUCAAAUGGUUGUGGAUCGACUCAAUACUCACUAUCGAAUUCAAAUGGCAGUCAAUUUUACCAUCUUGCCAGUGACAUCCACAAGAGGAUAUUUCGAUACCAUGCAAUACUAUGUAGAUGAUGGUUCAUGUGAUCUUGUCACUUCACAUACCAUAUGGACCGAUGAGAGAGCCUCACGAGUUCAUUUCACAUGUCCCUAUGGAACGAGUAGUUUGGGUUUUUUGAGAAGUGCUUUGGAUCCCCAAUUGGAUUUGGAUACUGUUCAAAAAUUGAAUUCUACUCAAAAUGUGACCAUUGUCACUUAUACAGGUUCUUAUUAUUAUACAGUUUCAAAGAAUUUAUUUUCUAAUGCCAAUGUCUUGUUACCCACUUAUGAAGAAUGUUUCAAUUAUGCUUUACAAAAGAAAGCUCAUGCAGUGAUUGGAGAUGCCAUGGAUUUGAAUUUCUUUUUACAGGCCAAUAAGGAUCAAUGUUCAUCAUGUUUUGUAAAAUCUAUUGAUGUUCCAUUUCAAUAUGGUGCAUUAACCACAAGAAAUAUUAUCAGCAAUCAAGGAACAAGUGGAAUCUCCAUCAAUUUAGUGUGGAACACUCUGGUUAUUUGGAUGCAAUUGUACUUACUUGACAAGUUGACAGUUUGUUUAGAGAGUCAAUAA